UCUUCAGAUCCUUUCAAUUUUGGUGUAAUGAGUUUUCAAGGCAGUAAGGAAUCUUUGAUCGAUUUUCUAUCUGGAUCUGUAGGAGGAGCAUGUGGAGUGCUAGUAGGUCAACCAAUGGAUACAGUUAAAGUCAAACUACAAACAUUUCCUCAUCUAUACAACGGGACCGUUGGCUGUGUCCGUGAGAUAAUAAAAAGGGACGGUGUACGAGGUUUAUAUGCUGGAACUCUUCCUUCCCUUGCUGCUAAUAUUGGAGAGAACAGUAUUCUUCUAACUGCAUACGGACUUUGUCAGAAGGGAAUAGCAAGGGUCACAAAUACACAGAAGCUGGAUGAAAUGAGUCUUUCUUCACUUGCCCUCUCAGGAUCCUGUGCAUCAUUCUUCUCUUCUCUUAUCAUCUGUCCUACUGAGCUUAUUAAGUGUAAACUACAGGGGUUGAGAGAGGUGAAUAAAGGAAAGAAGAUGAAUAUUGGAAUAUCUACUGUUAUCAGAAAUAUUUUGAAAACUGAAGGAAUGAAAGGAAUGUUUAUGGGACUAGUCCCAACAUGUAGUAGAGAAAUGCCGGGAUACUUUUUCUUCUUUCUAAGCUAUGAAUCAACCAGGACCCUACUGACCCCUACGGGUGGAAGCAAAGACGACCUGGGUGCACUUCAAACUGUAAUGUGUGGUGGCAUUGCAGGGUGCACUUUCUGGAUUUCAGUGUUUCCUAUGGACGUUAUAAAGUCUAGAAUACAGGUUCUAGGAGAUCGAAGAAAUAUUGCAGCUGUUGGUUUAAACAUUAUCAGAGCUGAGGGGUUUAGGUCUUUAUAUAAUGGGUUGACACCAUCCUUACUCAGGACUUUUCCGGCUACUGCAGCUCUCUUCCUGGCAUACGAAAAUACUAAAAAACUUCUUUCUGGUUUUUAGAAUCCAACAUUUUUUUCUUAAACUUGAUAUCUUCAAACAGUUGUGUAAACUGCAUUUCACGAAGUUAUGGAUUUCUAAUUUUGCUCUUAUGAAAGGUUCUGUAAAUAUUUCAUUUAAAAAAUUGUAUAUCUGAUUUACACCGGUAUCCAUUAAACCUUGGUUAUACGGAAGUAUACGUUUACGUAUAAUUUUGACACAGUUUUAUGUCAAUUUCUCGAGACAGGAACAUCAGAUAGAUGUCUUAUAAGUAUCGUUCA